AUGGUGGAAGGAAUGUCUGGCACUUUAAGCUUCCAACCUAAACCAGCCUCACUCUCAUUCUCUGAGGAGGUAAAGAAUCUACAAAGCUUUAGAGGAUCAGAACCUCUUUACCCAGAAGAGUUUGUUGAAAACAUUAAGCGUGAGUAUAUGUGCCCAAUUUGCAAAGAGGUACUUGAUCAACCAGUCCAGACUAAAUGCCGAACUCCACACAUAUUUUGUGCUAGUUGUUUGUCAUUUUCUUUUCAAAUGUGUGGAUCCCUUUACCCGGUAUGCUGAACUGUCAUUGUAACUCCUAAUGAGUUCAUUGAGCCAGCCCUUUUGUUCUUCGCACCAUACUUUCAGAGUUAGCUUUUCGAUGUCCUACCUGUAAACACACAGUAAAACUUCACCAACUACCUCGGCAUCAAGAAUGUUGCAUUCAAAGCCCUACAACAGCACCCUCACACAUCUUCACCCCUUCACAAAGAUCAGUUCCAAUGACACCAUUCCCCCUUACCCUAGUGAAACCCAUAACUGCAGCAGAGGAAGAGGGACCAGCACAGGUAAAUGUACCAUCACUACAAGUAGAACCUACAACCACCACUGAUACAAAUACAACCUGCAGAGAACAACUGACAGUUGACCAACUACUAACCAGGAAGCUUAUGUAUCCCUAGAGGAGGAAGUUGGAUUGUUCAUCAUUAGACAGUUCCUUUCACAGUUUCAGGAUGGGACGACUAUUCUCCUUAAAACAGGUGGCCAGGUAAAAUAUUUUUUAAGUUGAAAAUAAAGACAUUCAUUUUCAAAACAAAAGAUAAGAUAAUCCAUUUUCAGCCCUUAGAAUUAGUGAAAAGGACCAAGGCAAGGAAAACAACUGACGAGCUAACAAUGAAAACUGCUGGACACAGAUCAAAGGUAGUAGCAGAGACCAGGACAGCUAUGAGUGGUGGUGCCGCUGAUACC